AUGUUAGGGACUUUACUCCGAAAGGGUACCAUGUCUGUUGAAAAGAAACCCUAUGCACAGGAGAAUUCAUCCAGAAAAUCCAAUGCGUCAUCUGUGUUGGCCAAUGUUUCUGGCUAUGGAAAGGCAACCACAAGUACUACGAAUAUUGCUGCCGGUGUCUAUUUGGGGUCGGUCUCAUCUACAGAUCAACGUCAUGAAAUAAUACCAACCAUUUCCCCACCAAUUAUAGAUCACAUAUUAGAUGAAUUGAAAUUUAAAUUGUUUGGAUCUAAGAGUAUUCCUUAUAUAUAUAAUAACCCAGUAAUCACGCCAUCUUUCUCACAUCUUCAAACUCCUUCUUCGAUAACUUCCAGGAAAGGUAUCUCUACCAAUAAACAUGAUGGAACUGGAUUUACCGCCAAUACAUCCAAUAAUGCAACCACUUGCGCCAUCGAUUCUAGCACCUACGAUUUUAGACUUUUAAUUGCCGAAGAAACAUGUCAAAUGGCAUGCGUUAACAAUUAUAAGAUAUCAUUAGAUUAUACGCAUUCCAAGAAUUCAAGUAUUGAACAAAUACGGCAAAAUGAAUUGAAACAAUAUAUUUUCGGAUCUCCUAUUAGAUCAUCAGAUUCAUCAAUUCAAAAUGACAAGGUGAGAACUAUUCCAAAUUCAAACUUCCUCCUGAUAACAAGAAUUUUCUAUCUAAAUUCUAUUUCAAAUAGAUUGGCAAUUACUCUUUGCGUUUCAAAAUUUUUAUUGCCAGUAAUCUCUGAAAUGUGGUCUCAAAUUUCUUAUUCGUUGAAUGAGAUUCAGAAUGUGGUUCUAUCCAUGAUUUUGAAAAGGAACACUGGAGAUACUGAAAACGAAGAUGAAAGUAUUAAUGAUGGCUUAUUACCAACAAAUUUAGAUUCAAAUUUGGAAUUUGCUAAGGAAAUAGAUUUCAUUAUCCAGUUACUAAAUACAAAAGUUAUGCCAUGUUUAAGAUCGGUGACAGAAAUUCCACGUUUAUUUCUUUAUCCUAGAACUUUUAACGAAUUUGUUGAAUCAUGGUUUAAAGAUGUAUUUAGCUGGAUUGAAAUUAAGGACGGCCCAAAAUUAGGCUUCUUACCAAUCCUGUUAUCCAAAAUCGUUUGUUGUUAUAAAGAUUCUAUUGCGGAUUCUAGAACAACAAGGAUUGUUGUAUUAUCUGGAAAUAUGGUUGUGGCAAAUAAACUUCUUUUUAUUAUUGGUGGUUUAUUAGAACCCAAGUAUAGAGGUAUAAUAAGCUCACAUGAUAAUACUAAUAAUGAUGAACUGAAAGAUUUGGAAAUGCAUUUGUCAUCAAUGACUACAAGAACUCCAUCGAGGGUCUCCACUCCAACAUUAACGUCUUCUGAGACACGAACAGAUAAAGAAUUUCCAAAUGUUCAACCAACAAACCAUACCCUAAUAACUAAUAACCCAUCUCAAAGACUUGUUAAUAUCAUGGAGAUCACAGAUACUGAUGAUGAUGAUAAAAUUGACUCUAAUUUAAUUCCAACGGUAACUCAUAAAGCAAAACCUAUAACAGCCCCUAGAAGGGGAUGGACCAUCCCAACACAGCGUAAUACAUACAGCUCUGUUUCAUUAUCGUCGAAUGAUUCCUCAUUAGGUGAAGUGAUUCAACCCUCUUCUUUGAAAAGUAGUGAGAGUUCAUUACAUUAUUUAUCAUCCUCCUUGUCUAGCCAUCCUGGCUCGUAUGGCUCAUGGUUUAAUAAGCGACCAUCAUUAUCACAAUUUAUGCCACAGAGCCCCUCCGCGAAAACAAAUGAUUCUAAUGAAAGAGUGCCUACAUUACAAAGAGUGACAAGUAAUACAUCUUUACAUCAGUAUAAUGUUAUACCUCCAUCUCCUGUACAGGCACCUACUUUGAGGGGAACUACUUUGACACCGCAACCAUCUCCAUCUAUAAGUGAAUAUGAUGAAUACCCAUGGUUUGGAACUUCUUCAGAUUCCUUACGUACGGAUUUAAAUACCAUGAAUAGUAGUACUACUAAUAAUAAUUAUGUUGGUUUUGGAAACAAUAAUACUAUGACAAACAUUUCAAAUAGAAAAAUUAAUUCACAUGGGUUCCCCUUGAAAGACGUGGAAAUACAAAGAGACUGUCAAAGAAUCAGUCAAAAGGAGAUAGUGGAUAAUGCUUUUAAUAACAUAUGUCUUUCUGGGAGAAAAGAGGAGCACAAAAUUGACCCCGCUGAUUCUUAUCAUGCAGCUGUGUUAGAUGUUGAUGUUGAUGAAUCAAUGUACCCUGCAAAAUCAAUGGAAUUAAUGUCACGUUAUACCACAUAUUUGCCACAUUUUAAUCCCUGGUUUAGAUUACAAGCCAUUCCCAUUGCAGUUGAUUCCGAAAAUAAAGUCCUAAAUUCUAUGAAGAAAGAUUUACAAGUGGAUAACGAGAUUGCUAGAAGCUUGAUCAUCUCACUACGAACAAGAGAAAUUAAGGAAGUUUUCAUGAAGAAAGAUAUAUAUAAGGGAGGAAUGGCAAGAAAUAAACACCCCUAUUGCUUGAAACAGAAAACUAAGAAAGUCUUUAGCGGUGGUAAAAUAGGUGCACUUUCCGCAGAAAUGGAGGAUUGUAUAACUCUUGUGGAAUUAUCAAUAAAGAAGGCUAUGUCACUGUAUGAGGAUAACGAACUCAGUAUCGCUGAAAGGGAUAGGCAAGUGUUAUGCAUAUAUUCCUCUAUUCUACAGUACACAGAAGAGAUAUGCAAGGACGAAUAG